AACUUCAAUAUUCAUUUUUCGUCGCUUCAUUCGUUGUUUCUACCAGAAAGCAUGAAUUUCAUAUUGCUGAGUUUUCUCAUAGUACUUGUGUAUUCCAUAAAAGCUCAAUCGUUAGCGAACGUGACUGAAAUGAGCCGAAAAAAGUGCUGGGAGGCUGGAAAAUAUGUUUCUAAUAAAAUUAUAGCAAAUGAAACGAACGAUUUGUCAUUGAAAUUUGCGAACAUCUCAACGGACGGGAAAACAAUUGAUUUUUUAAAUUACGGAAUUCAGUUCAACUUGAGCGAAUACUUAGUCAAUAACGGACAAAAUCUAACUAAAGACAUAUUUUACGUCAGUGCAAACAAAGAUAAAAAAAUUGAGUUUGCUAAUGCAACUUCCGGAAAAGUAAUUUGCGAGAAGGUCGUUAAAUUCGAUUGCUUCAAUGAUGUUUUUAUUGAUUCAGAUGAAAGUGUUGAUAAGAGUAGAAAGAUGAAUUGUCAUAAACUUCAUGGAAGUCUCUUCAUUCGAGGACUUGGAAAGAAGUCAUCCGGAACCCAUCAGUUGGAUUUUAUUCAAAAACUCGAGUCCAUCGGUGGUGCUCUUGUCGUUUCAAAUGUGGGCUCAGAUGUUGAUAUUGUCUUCGAAAGUCUGAAGGAAAUUGGCAAACAUUUAAUGGUUGACUCACUUUCUAGCGUUCAAAUUACAAGUAAUAGAGCAAAUAAUAUUAAACUGCCAUCGAUCGAUUUGGGCGGAAAGAAAAGCGUAACAAUUUCGGAUGAAAAGAAGUUAUCAUCCAAUAAUAGUGAACAUCUAAAUGUUACAAUCAACAGCGACAGUGUCGGAACUUUCAAUUCAAUGGAAAAGAUAGAACCACGAGUUUCAGUGAGCUUGGAUAAACUGAAUGAAAAUGGAAAAGUGGAAACGGAGAAAGAUUUAAAAAAGAAGAAUUUCAACUUUUCGGUUCACAAAUUUAUCCAGGAACCAAUAUUUGAUGGAAUAAUUGUUACUCUCAUUCAAAUUUCCCCACUUCUGGUAGUUAUUGGUUUUAUUGGAUCAACAGCUUUUCUCAUUCACGGCUCACGAAAACGAGAAAAAUACGAUAUGGCACUGAUUGUGAAGAAUGAUGAUGACAAUUUGAAACUUGGAAAGGAUAAUACAGUAAACAGUGAUUUGGGAUCUACUUGACUUGUACUUGUAGGAAAUAAAUAUGAAUUUAUUU